GCUGCUGCAGCUCGAGUGGAUGCGGGCUGGAGGUGGAAGCGGAUGAGUGACUUUAAGCGCAAGGAUUUAUCUCGGUACUUUUUUUUUUGGAGAAGUUUUGGGAUUAAGUUUAGAAAAAGCUUAGCUCGUCUUUGCGGGUGCUGAACAGUCUGAUACACACCGCACGUGAAGUCUGCUGCACCAGACGGGGACUGGCCAGAACUGGAAAACUUUUCUCGCAACUCUGACUUCUUUUUUUUUUACCUUAACACGAUUGUCUUGUUAUGGUCACCCUUCACCAGCUCGCUUUGCGGCUCCUCGUUGACUUCGCGUCUCCAGCUGUGACAGGAUAUGAAACCAUCUAGGAGGAACGUUGUUUUGACGCCGCGCGAUGGAACUACAGAAGCCCACAUGAAGUCGAACUUUUUUAAGAUUCAUUCUUCCUGGAAAUGACAAGUCGUGCCAUAUUGAUGGGUCGGACGGCGGUUUUGAUAAGCGGUGUGUUGAUCCUAAUCUUCGGUCUAUGUGUCGCGUCUCCUAACCACAGCCGUCGGCUGGUCUGCUGGAAAGCCAUCCUGAAGUGCCACGGAGAGCCGGAGUGCCAUUACGCGUACGACCAGUACCUUUAUGCCUGCGCGUCUGUCCUCAACGGGAACCGCAAGAAGUGUCCCAGCCACUGCAUAUCCUCUCUCAUUCAGCUCAAUAUGACCCAAAGCGGGCCGGGUCUGGAGGACUGCGACUGCGCCGUGGACCCGGUCUGCAGGGCCACCAAGCAGGCCAUCGAGCCGUGUCUGCCGCGGACCAGCACCGUGGGCUGCACCGAGGCCCGGCGGCAGUGCGAGAUGGACCAGUCGUGCAGCUCUGCCAUGAGGGAUUACUUAUUCCACUGCCGAAAGCUGUUCGGAGGGGAGAGGUGCUCGGACGGCUGCCGCAGAGUGAUCGCCGACAUGCGCUCCAUACCGAAAGCGCAGCAGCUCGACACUUGUGAGUGCGACGGCACGGAGAGGAACAUAUGCGAGUACAUCAAAGUCAGCAUGAAAACUUUCUGCUCGGAUUCGAGCGAUAGGUUCACGGGAAGCGGCUUAUCGGACACCGAGGACGAUUCCGAAGACGAUUACUUCGACCAGGAGGAUUAUCAAUAUGUAGAAAACUCGAGUGACUCCCCACCUUGUCAGACUGUCCUAAAUGUCCUGACCACCAUUUUGGUUUUAACCAAAUUUAUCUGAAAAGGCUGCUGGAAAGCCAGAGACUCAUUGUUGGAAUUAAAAAUCAACUCACUAGAAUCUGUCUGCUUUGUUGUAAUCACCCAUUUUUUUGUCCUUAAACUAACAUGUGGGCCUUUUAAAUUCAACACUUAACUUUCUGAUCUGCACAAGUUCAUACAAUUCAGGACACGUUUGUAAAUCACUCAAAUGUUAUAUUUCAUCUGAUAAUGCCGAAGGAGCCUAUUUUUUUGUGUAUGUCAGCUAUGUAAAGAUAAAUUGUACAGUAUAUUGUAUAAAAUUUUAUUUUUUGUCAGAAUAUAUCUUUAUGAGUGAUAAAAGAUUUGCACUGUAUGAAUAGAUGAGUCCCACUCUUUCACUGCAUUAAGGCCACACAGGAAGGGAAACUGUUUGAAAGUGCCUAAAAGUCUUAAAACUGGCCCAAUUCACCAUGAUGUGACCAUAUCAGAGGCGUGCUGUGAAAGCUGAGCAGUUUUCUUUUACCAGCUGGACAGAGACUUUCCCCACAACCCCUUCAUUAAAAGCCAAAGUUGAUGUAAGCCACUGCCAUGUGUCUAAAUCCCAGGGCAGAUACCAGAGUGACACACUUGACCUUGUAAACGUGGAUGUUUGCAUAAAGGUUUAAAGUAAAACUAUUCAAACAGACGAGAGGAAGGUGAACUCCUCCUCCUCUCGGGGAUUUGCAGCACAAAUGGAGCCAAGGAUCUGCUCGGUCAGUUUGUUUAUCCUCACCCCGUGUGUUUGUUAGAAGUCUUCACAAAAGACCCUCUGAGAAAAUAAAAGCUGUCUGCGUGCGGGUGGGUGGAGAUAUCAAGUGCCCAACACACUCCUCUGAAUGUACAGGCACAUUAAAUAAAGACCAGUUUUAAAAUGAUUCAUUUGUGGCUCUGUCUUUAAAUUUCAAUCCCUUUGUUUUUUUGAUAGUAGGCUUUACACAUCGAUUAAAGGAGUGCAAAGAAAUGUUGGUGAUUCUGCAGUAAUCUCUGUUCUGUUUUUGUCAAAUGUAAGUACCUCAGAUUACAUAAAUAAUUUGAAAAAAGUCCA